AAUGAAUUGAUUUUCAUCGUGUAUUUAUUGUAAUAACAUGGUUUACGAUUAUUUAUAUCAGCAUUGUUUUAUAAAUCACGGUCAAGAUAGUAGGCGGGACUUGGGCGGGGUUUUGUCUUGUUCUGUUCUCUCCUUGAGGAAGCUCGCCCUGACGACUCAUAUUUUCCUCUUAAUGAGCAUCCACAUCCAAUAUGUCCAAUAUGGUUCCGUAUUCAUUUCCCGAUUUACCGUAGCGGUCCAGCGGCUUCGUACAAAAAAAGGAUUGCCGAUAUCUUCCGGUUUUGUGUUCGAUCAUCUUUAAAAUGGCAAGAUCGCAGGAGCAGCUUGAGUAAUGAGAGCGAAAUUCAGAUUAACCCAGUCCUGAUAUACACGUCUUCAAGGAGACCUGUCUACGUCCACGGCGCCAAGACCACUGUAGUAUCCUUCCACGUCCCCACGUCACUGCUUGACUUUUCCUGUCCUGAGUUCCUCCGUCAUGUCAAGCCCUAGCAGCAGCCCAGAGAGAGAGGGAGGGAUGGCAGGUUCUGUUCAGCUGGAGGACCUCAACUCGCCUCCUGGACUGGAGGCUGACCCUCCUUUAGGUGGCAGUCCAGUGCUCAGUCCAGAUUCCAGUUCCCAUGAUGCUGCACUCUCUGCCCCAGCAGCUUCCCCGGCUGACUCUGAGAACCUCAGUCCAGAUGAGCUCGAGCUUCUGGCUAAACUGGAGGAACAGAACAGGUUGCUAGAAGCAGAUUCCAAAUCCAUGCGCUCAAUGAGUGGAUCUCGGAGGAAUAGUGGCUCCUCUCUGGUGUCAAGCUCAUCUGCAUCUUCUAACCUGUCCCAUCUGGAAGAAGACACUUGGAUCCUGUGGGGACGGAUUGUCAACGAGUGGGAUGAGUGGAGACGAAAGAAAGACAAACUUCUGAAGGAGCUAAUAAGGAAAGGCAUUCCUCAUCAUUUCCGAGCAAUCGUUUGGCAGUUAUUAUGCAAUGCCACUGACAUGCCAGUAAAGAAUCAGUACUCUGAACUAUUAAAGAUGUCCUCACCCUGUGAAAAACUCAUACGCAGAGAUAUUGCCCGAACAUAUCCAGAACACGACUUCUUCAAAGGCCAGGACAGCCUGGGACAGGAAGUUCUGUUUAAUGUCAUGAAGGCAUAUUCUCUUGUGGAUCGUGAAGUUGGUUAUUGUCAGGGCAGUGCCUUCAUCGUAGGAUUGCUACUUAUGCAGAUGCCGGAGGAGGAGGCUUUCUGUGUGUUUGUCAGACUAAUGCAGGAGUACAGGCUUAGAGAGUUGUUUAAACCCAGCAUGGCUGAACUGGGUCUGUGCAUCUACCAGUUUGAACACUUGCUACAGGAGCAGUUGCCGGAGCUGAACGUUCAUUUCCGUUCUCAGAGUUUCCAUACAUCUAUGUAUGCCUCAUCCUGGUUUCUCACUCUCUUUCUAACCUUCCUACCCCUGCCAAUAGCUACACGUAUUUUUGACAUCUUUAUGUAUGAGGGAUUGGAGAUCAUAUUCCGAGUUGGAAUGGCGAUACUACAGUACAACCAGACAGACCUCAUACAGCUAGACAUGGAGGGAAUGUCACAGCACUUUCAGAAGGUGAUUCCACAUCAGUUUGAUAGCUGCCCCGAUAAGCUGAUCCUGCGGGCUUAUCAAGUCAAAUACAAUCCCAAGAGAAUGAAAAAGUUAGAAAAGGAGUAUACCACUAUCAAGAACAAAGAAAUGGAGGAACAGAUUGAAAUUAAGAGACUACGUACAGAAAAUAGACUACUGAAGCAGAGGAUUGAGACACUGGAAAAAGAGAGUGCUGCAUUAGCAGACAGGUUGAUUCAGGGUCAGGUGACUCGAGCCCAGGAGGCAGAGGAGAACUAUGUUAUUAAGCGUGAACUGGCUGUGGUUCGACAGCAGUGUUACACAGCCAGUGAGAGUCUGGAAAAGGCGCAGGACACCAUUCGUGAACUUCAGCAACACAAGGUAACUACAAGUUGAAUUUCAGGGUUUUUGUGUGUGGUGUAAACUCAGUUGGAACAGUCUCGUCUACAGGAAGCAGAAUUACUCGGUGCUCUGAAAGAAAUGCAGGACAAAGUGCUCGAUCUGGAAAAGAGGAACAGCUCUCUGCCUGAUGAAAUCAAUGUAGCUCAGCUGCAGGAUGAGCUGAAGCUGGUGAAACUGAGAGAGCAGGAGACUCUGCGCUCCUUCAGAGAGAUGCAAGAGGCCGUUACUGAUCUCAACCACUGCUGGCAGCAUCAUACGUCUCGUGGAGGAGGAGGCCAUUGGAAGGAAUCUCCUAAAAAGAAUGCGUUGAAUGAGCUACAGGACAAACUGAUGACUCUGAGACUGCGAGAGGCUCAGGGUCAAGCUGAACUCAAAGAGGUCAAACUUAAAAACCUGCAGCUGGAGAGCCAGAACCAGAUCAACUGUAAACUAGUUAUCAGACAUGAGCAAGAGAGCACUGGCCUGCAGGAGAGACUGCAGAAUGCUCUGUCCCACAACAAGACACUACAAAGUCAGCUCAACGAAAUGAAAAGAAAGAUGGCCGAGUCUGACUGCAAGAGCAAAGAAGAGGUGAUGGCAGUCCGUCUAAGAGAAGCUGACAGCAUGGCCGCUGUGGCUGAACUCCGGCAAAAGAUAGCCGAGCUAGAAAUACAGAAAGAGGAGGGAUUGAUCCAAGGCCAGCUGAAUCACUCAGACUCCAGACAGUAUAUAACUCAACUGAGAGAGCAGAUCGCUGAACUCAAGAAUGAGAUCAGGCGGCUGCGUGGACAGCCCUCUAAGUUCCAGAAUACCGGUGGAGGCGUAUAUCAGGACCUAUGUUUGGAAAGCCCAGCAUCUGCAGAAGGUGAUGACCUCAGUUCGGACGAGGACCCUCUUGAGAGCCACUUGCCCAUACCCUCCCUGUAUCCGCACCAUUCGUCACCUCGUCUGGACAGUCAAGGCAGCACGGACAGCGACGAUCCAGCAGGCUUCCGGUACGGCCCUCCUCCAUCUCCAGUGCACUGGUUACCUGUCAACUCUAGAGACAUAGCAGACAUGCAAGGGCUCAACAGCAGAGACAGUUCACUGGACUGUUCUCUGAUGAGUCCUCGGAGGGAUUUGGGCCCAAAACAUUGCAGCUUAUGUGGCAAGGUUUUCUCAUCUCUUGCUCGUCUGGAGUCUCACGUGUACAGAUCACAUGGUAGUCAUCAUGGACGGUCUCUGGUAUUCUGUGACAGCAAGGACCCUGUGAUGUCAUGUCGGAUAAAGGAACGAACAUUUGAGUGUAAGGAAUGUGGGAAGGUAUUCAAACGCUCAUCCACACUGUCCACCCACCUCCUGAUCCACUCAGACACACGGCCAUAUCCCUGCCAGUACUGUGGAAAGAGAUUCCACCAGAAAUCCGACAUGAAGAAACACACCUUCAUACACACCGGAGAGAAGCCACAUGUGUGUAAAGUGUGUGGUAAAGCCUUCAGUCAGAGCUCCAACCUGAUCACACACAGCAGAAAACACUACAGACCCUUCAGCUGAACACUCUUUCUUCCAGGAGGAUCUGAGUGCCUACCCAUCCAUGACCCUUUGUGAAUGUACAUAAAUUAUCUUUAAACACAAGUAUUAUAAAUUAUCAAGUGCAUAUUUUCUUCUAUAUGUUUAAACCAAGUCUUUUGUUCAUGCAGCAAGUGCUUAAGAACAGUGUUAUGUGUGAUAUAAAUUAAAGUGUCAUAGCUGUGCAUAAGCAAUAAUUAAAAGCAAAGAAAAAUAUACAGUGCACAGUUGAAUGCAAUGUAGACUCAUAGAUGGAUCCGGUAAUACAGAAAUGAGUCAAGCAGCAGUGCAGCUGAUGGCCACAAGUUCAUUUGAGUCACUGCAAAACAUGUUUGUUUAUAGCUGUUUCACUCAAGUUGAACUUGCAUAAAUCCACAGAAAGCAACAAUCAGAUAUCACCAGGUUUUAUUUUUUUCUUUCUUCUGAAGUCCAUUUAAUUGGAUGCCAUUUUAAACAAAACUUCAGCAUAAGAAAAAUACUUGUUUUACAUUUUCUAUUGAGACUGUGUAUAUAUAUAUGUCAAACAAAAAGAAUGGUAAUUUAUUAUUUAGGCUUUAUCCAGCUCAUCAACCUUCGCUCAGGGCUUAAUAUUAGAGGGAUCUGGAAGGACAAAGUGCUUUAGUUGAAAAAAAAAAUGUACAAAUGACUAAAGACUGUGUGGUAGACCUAUUAGAAAUCAGAGAUUGUUAAAAAAAAAAAAAAAAAAAAAAAAAGAAAUGUAUGGCUGUAAUUGCAUACUGAGGGAAUGAUGUACAAUGGCUGACACUCACCUGCAAAGCAGCCCUCAACACAUGGACCAUCUGAGGGCAGACAAACCUCCGUUGAACACAUAAAAUAAAUCUGUGGGGAAAA